AUGUAUUUUGAGAUCAAUCACGGAUUGUCAUUAAUCUUAAACGCUUUCAGAAGACUCAAUCUGAAAAUUCCGCGACAAAUAUCAGAGCUAGAGUCUGAGUCUCUUACGCACUGCCAGUCAGUUUUCUCGGGCUCUUUCAAGUACAUCGACCAGCGUUAUUCUGACAUGGUGGUCGGUGACAACGUGAACGAGACUUUAAACAAUACAUUUAUGUCCCUCAUCUCAAGGACUAAUAAGAUGUGUCAGUUUCAAGAAUAUCAGCUGAAAAUCAUUUCGACGAUGAAGAACGGCAGCUGGUUGCCUGUAUCAAAACCUCCUGGAUUCCAGGAGGUUAGAACUGGGUCCACCGACCCAACUUUCCUUCUAAGUGUAUUUUAUGGCGAUCUCAUCGAGUACAACUUCUUCCAGCUCGAACGGAAGUACAAGCCGAAGAUGAAUGAGGAAGAUCUUGGAGUUUUCUUGCUGUUUAAUUUAGAUGGGUUGCAAAAUCUGCUGGACAACAGUGGUCAAUUGAAGCAGGUUCUUGGACACACGGGGCUCCAGCGACUAGACAGAAUGAAGAAGAAAGCGAUGGAGAAGGCCACAGCGGAGUGGACAAAAAUGACCACCAAGUUGAUGCAGGCAUCUACUAGACAGGGAGACACGUUCAACCUUACCUCGAAGGAGCUAGAGCGUGGCGAAGCAUUUCAAGUAUGA